GGAACAGGAAGAAAUGGAUUUUUCUGCGGAUCACAUGGAAGAAGUACAAAAUGUCCUUAAUGCUAUGCAGAAAAUCUUAGAGUGUCCAAUCUGUCUGGAGUUGAUCAAAGAGCCUGUUUCCACAAAGUGUGAUCACAUAUUUUGCAAAUUUUGUAUGCUGAAACUUCUCAACCAGAAGAAAGGGCCUUCACAGUGUCCUUUGUGUAAGAAUGAUAUAACCAGAAGAAGCCUACAAGAAAGUACAAGAUUUAGUCAGCUUGUUGAAGAGCUAUUGAAGAUCAUUCAUGCUUUUGAGCUUGACACAGGAUUGCACAUUGCAAACAGUUAUAACUUUUCAAAAAAGGAAAAUAACUCUCCUGAGCAUCUAAAGGAGGAAGUUUCUAUCAUUCAAAGUAUGGGCUACCGAAACCGGGCCAAAAGACUUCAACAGAGUGAACCUGAAAAUCCUACCUUGCAGGAAACCAGUCUUAGUGUCCAGCUCUCUAACCUUGGAAUUGUGAGAUCUCUGAGGACAAAGCAGCAGAUACAACCUCAGAAUAAGUCCGUCUACAUUGAAUUGGGAUCUGAUUCAUCUGAAGAUACAGUUAAUAAGGCCAGUUAUUUCAGUGUAGGAGACCAUGAAUUGUUAGAAAUCACCCCUCAAGGAGCCAAGGCUGAAGCCAGUUUGAAUCGUGCAAAAAAGGGUGAAGCAUCAUCCGAGUAUGAGAGUGAAACAAGCCUUUCUGAAGACUGUUUGGGGCUGUCCUCUCAGAGCGAUAUCUUAACCACUCAGCAGAGGGAUACCAUGCAAGAUAACCUGCUAAAGAUCCAGCAGGAAAUGGCAGAACUGGAAGCUGUGUUAGAGCAGCACGGGAGCCAGCCUUCUCACAGCUCCCCUUCCCUCAUAGCCGAUUCUUGUGCCUCUGAGGACCUGCUAAAUCUGGAACAAAACACAUCAGAAAAAGCAGUAUUAACUUCAGAGAAAAGUAGUGAAUAUCCUAUAAGCCAGAAUCCAGAAAGCCUUUCUGCUGACAAGUUUCAAGUAUCUCCGGAUACUUCCACCAGUAAAAAUAAAGAACCAGGAAUGGAAAGGUCUUCCCCUUCUAAAUCGCAGUUGUCAGAUAAUAGUUGGUAUAUGCACAGCCACUCAAGGAGUCUUCAGAACAGAAACUGCCCACCUCAAAAGGAGCUUGAGGUUGUUGAUGUGGAGGAGCAACAGCUGACAGAGUCUGAGGCCCAGGAUUUAAUGGAGCAGUCUUCUUUGCCAAGACAAGAUCUAGAGGGAACCCCUUACCUAGAAUCUGGAAUCAGCCUCUUCUCUGAUGACCCUGAGUCUGAUCCCUCUAAAGACAGAGCCCCAGAGCCAGCUCAUGUUUUCAGCAUGCCACCCUCAGCCUCUGCACUGAAAUUACCCCAAUUUCAAGUAGAAGAAUCUGCCAGGAGUCCGGCUGCAGCUCAUACUACUAAUACUGCAGGGUAUAAUGUGUGGGAAGAAAGUGUGAGCAGGGAGAAGCCAGAGUUGAUACCUUCAACACAAAGAGGCAACAAAAGAAUUUCUAUGGUGGCAUCAGGCUUGACCCCAAAAGAAUUUGUGCUUGUGCACAAGUUUGCCAGAAAACAUCACAUCACUUUAACUAAUCUAAUUACUGAAGAGACUACUCAUGUCAUUAUGAAAACAGAUGCUGAGUUUGUGUGUGAACGGACACUGAAAUAUUUUCUGGGAAUUGCAGGAGGAAAAUGGGUAGUUAGCUAUUUUUGGGUGACCCAGUCUAUUAAAGAAAGAAAGAUGCUGGAUGAGCAUGAUUUUGAAGUCAGAGGCGAUGUUGUCAAUGGAAGAAACCAUCAAGGCCCAAAGCGAGCAAGAGAAUCCCAGGACAGGAACAUCUUCAAGGGCUUAGAAAUCUGUUGCUAUGGACCCUUUACCAAUAUGCCCACAGAUCAACUAGAGUGGAUGGUGCAUCUGUGUGGGGCUUCUGUGGUGAAGGAGCCCUCAUCAUUCACCCUCAGCCAGGGUACUCAACCAAUUGUGGUCGUGCAGCCGGAUGCCUGGACAGAGGGCGGUGGCUUCCAUGUCAUCGGGCAGAUGUGUGAAGCACCUGUGGUGACCCGAGAGUGGGUAUUGGACAGCGUAGCCCUCUACCAGUGCCAGGAGCUGGACGCCUACCUGAUACCCCAGGUCCCCCAAGCUGCUGCUGAUUCCAGCCAGCCAUGUAUAUAG